CAACCGAUCAUUUCAACGAAAAGUCUCGUCUUCUCGCAUGUCCAUUCAAGAAGCAGAGUUUAACAUAAGUCCUUGACUUUUUCUCGUGUUCCUUCAUCGGUUACAUUUGCUUCUGGAUUACACUAACCUACGAUGGUGACUGACCGCCAACGCGGACCGGUCGUUCGAUUGUAAAUACCAGUUCAUAGCGGAACCGGAUUGCCGUGACUUACAGGAAACAUCAACGACGGCUUGGUGGGACUCGCCAUGUCCCAAUCGUUGAUUUUGACCGAGUUGGUUCAGUUCAAGUGCCUCAAUACACCGUUCCGAUAGCGGAAAUGACCUCGGUCGAACCGUUACUGCGGUACACAAAUCUACCCAAGCAGGAACCAUUGGGUCUGAUGAUCCGCUUUCGCCUUCCCAGCCUUCGAAGGGCUCUCUAGCCUUCGACAAUGUUACCAUGAAGUACGCUGACGGUAAAACAUCAGUGGUCAAGGAUCUGAACUUGAACAUUCGACCCGGCUGGAAGGUUGAAGUUGUGGGAAGAACUAGAGCUGAAAAAUCUUCGCUGAUUUCCGUGCUGUUUCGUUUGAUCGAAGACGGACUGGACGGGAAAAUCAUUCUGGACGAAAUAAACACCAAGAUGAUUGGGUUAAACGACUUGUGGUCAGGGAUACCACUCCAGUUCAUUUCAAAUCGUUUCAACAUGGUUAAAAACCUAGUAAAAUCAUUGAAAUUUCGAUCUACGAUGACUGAUUUUAUUAAGGAGACUAUUUGCACCAAAGUAACUGAACCAGAUUUCUCUUCGCCCAGUACAAUGUUGUGGAAUCAAAUACAUGACAAUACUAAAACGAUAGAAAAAAUGAGUGGAAAUAUUCUAUCUUCUGAAUAACCUGAUGUGACCAUCGAAAAAAGUAAUCAAACAGAUCUGCUAGAUUUUUAGAAAUUUUUAGGCGAUUUGAAAAGUAAAG